UCUCCUUUUUUCAGGUUUAGAAUAAAAGGUUAGGCAAUUGUGUCCUUUAUCAAAAUUUAAAAAUUGUUUCAUUAUAUGUGUAUAUGUCUACCUUCAAUUAUUGAUAACCGUACAAUUAUUCUGAAUGUUAAAAUCAUAAGUAAUGUAAUUAACUUUAUAUUAUUUCAGGUGCAAAAGACUAACGCCUUGACGCAUAAAUUAACAGAUCAUAUUCGUUUUACUAAAACGCGUAAAGAGAUUUAUCAGUUUCUUUUGCAAAUAUCACUUCGGCCAUUGGAGUUCUGCGGAAUGGGCAUGUUUCAUUUCGGUUACCAAUUUAUUUAUAAGUUCUUCAUCUGGGUACUUACUGUUAUUAUUUUUAUAUUGCAAAUGGAUACUUCUCCCAUGUCUCGAACAUUAACAUCUAACAGGAUUAACGAAACAUGUUUCGAUAGAGAUGUGUAGAAAAGAGAUAUGCAAUUACCCUAUUUCAAUAUUUAUUUUCAAGCUCGUUAUUUAAAAUUUAAGAAAUUGAUACAAAAAUUAACUGUACAUCAGUCAUCUUCUUCAUGUAAUGUAUAAUCACUGUAAAUACUUAUUUAGUUUAUCUAUUUACACAAAUAUUAUUAUUUAGUUUUAUGAAUGUGUAUUAUCAACUAAUUGUACAUACGUUUUAAAUAAAAACAUCAGUUUCAAAUAAAAAGUUCUUUAAGAUUUAUAAAUCAGAUUAAUUAUAGAUAUUCAUAAGUAAAAUCCUCUUUGAUUAAUCAUAGGAAGAUUGAUUUUUAUUUGAAGAAUUAAUCCAUUGAUUACAGAAGCAUAAAAGCUAAUAAAUCGGUUAUCCAUUAAAUGGAAAAUAUCAAAAUAUUUGUGCUUAAUUCACAUUUACCAUA